AUGAGUUUUCAAACCCCACCCACACUGGAGGAGCUGGGCAGGCAGGCGCUGCUGAGAAAUGAGGCCUUGGCCAUCUCUGCUCUGGAGAAACUGCCCUGGACGCUCUUCCCAGCACUGUUCAAGGACGCGUUCAAUGGCAGACACACUAGGAUUGUGAGGGCAAUGGUGGAAGCCUGGCCUUUCCCCUGUCUCCCUGUGGGGACGUUGAUGAAGACUCCCAACUUGGAAAUCUUCCAGGCUGUGCUAGGAGUAGACUCACAUCUGAAAAGAGAGUUUCACCCCGGGUGCCUGAGGAACCCCUUGGCAACUCUCUCCAUCACACACCGCCACCUGUCACAGUCCGACUUGAAUUAUUUCCCCUUGAGCCACAACCUGCGUCAGCUAAAACAUCUGGUCUUGAGAGGAAUCUUGUUAUUUGCUUCAUGUCUCAAGCCUCUUGGAGUGCUGCUAGAGCAUGUAGCAGAAUCUCUGCAGUCUCUGGACUUGCAGGGUUGUAGGAUCAAGGACUCUCAGCUCACUGACCUCAUCCCUGCCCUCAGCAAGUGCUCCAAGCUCACCGAGUUUAAUCUAUUAGAUAACGACUUUUCCAUGCCCACCCUGAAGGACCUUUUGGGACACACAGCCAACUUGACCAAGAUGAAUGUGGAGCAGUACCGCCCUAUACAGUCUUAUGAUGAUUACGGUUACAUCUUAGUAGAGAGAUUUGCCCAACAUUGUCUUGAGCUCAUGGAUACACUCAGAGCGUUAAGGCAGCCCAAGAGGAUCUUGUUUUCCACAGAUCCCUGCCAUGAAUGUGGUGAGCGCUGUGUCUAUGACCUUGGGCCUAGACUUUGUCCUUGCCAGCGGUAA